AUGAGCCUGUCCCCAUCCACAGCCCUGCAGAGCCCAGUGAAGCGCUGGCUGUACCAGCAGGGCACGGCCACCACUGUGCUCCCUGUGCCAGAGGGGGAGGGGCACACGGGGACAGAGCUCCUGGCCAACCUGGGACGAAGGCCACGUGGCGGCCAUCUGUGCUCUCUGCACCACAAUAACGGGCCACAACGCAUCACAGGACUCGGGGCCUUUGCGGAGAAACUGACAAACCAAGGCAACGGGGCCUUCGCAGAGAAGGAGCUUCGUUCACGGCAGGACAUGGAGGACGCCCGGGUGGGCGGGGACUGGCUGCUCUCCGCCGGGCCGCAGCACAGAUUCCAGCCCCCCGGCGAGGGGGUGGCCACGGCGACCCCCGCGUUCCAGCUGGAUUUCCUUUUCGGAAACUUGACCAAGUCCUUUCAAAACGCAUGUGGGAACCUUGGAGCACGGCAGACGGCAGACCCCACUGCUGCUGGCUCGGGCUGCUGCAAGCAGCUCCUCCUCCACGUGGACCGCGCAGUGGUGGACAGGGCUGUGCCGGGCGGGCGUGCGGGCCAGAUGGGGAGGCGGAGUCGAGGGGUUACCGGGUCCUUUGACGUCAUGUGGGCCUGGGAGGAACCCAUUUACUGCUACACCCCACACAACUUCACCCGCGACCAGGCUCUGUACGCACGCGGCUACUGCUGGACGGAGCUGCGGGACGCACUGCCCGGCGUGGACGCCAGCCUGUGGCCGUCGCUGUUUGAGCACAAGCUGCUGCCCUACUCGCUGCUGGCCUUCGCCGCCAUCAUGUACGUGCCCGCGCUGGGCUGGGAGUUCCUGGCCUCCACCCGCCUCACCUCCGAGCUCAACUUCCUGCUGCAGGAGAUUGACAACUGCUACCACCGGGCGGCCGAGGGCCGCGCCCCCAAGAUCGAGAAGCAGAUCCAGUCCAAGGGGCCCGGCAUCACGGAGCGCGAGAAGCGCGAGAUCAUCGAGAACGCCGAGAAGGAGAAGAGCCCGGAGCAGAACCUGUUCGAGAAGUACCUGGAGCGCCGCGGCCGCAGCAAUUUCCUGGCCAAGCUGUACCUGGCGCGGCACCUGCUCAUCCUGCUGCUCAGCGUGGCGCCCAUCUCCUACCUGUGCACCUACUAUGCCACCCAGAAGCAGAACGAGUUCACCUGCGCGCUGGGCGCGUCCCCGGACGGCCCCGCGGGCGGCGGGGGCCCCGCGGUGCGCGUCAGCUGCAAGCUGCCGUCCGUGCAGCUGCAGCGCAUCGUGGCGGGCGUGGACAUCGUGCUGCUGUGCUCCAUGAACCUCAUCAUCCUCGUCAACCUCAUCCACCUCUUCAUCUUCCGCAAGAGCAACUUCAUCUUCGACAAGCUGCACAAGGUGGGCAUCAAGACGCGCCGCCAGUGGCGCCGCUCCCAGUUCUGCGACAUCAACAUCCUGGCCAUGUUCUGCAACGAGAACCGCGACCACAUCAAGUCGCUCAACCGGCUGGACUUCAUCACGAACGAGAGCGACCUCAUGUACGACAACGUGGUGCGGCAGCUGCUGGCCGCGCUGGCGCAGUCCAACCACGACGCCACGCCCACCCCCGCACCCGACAAGAAGCACACCCGCCACUUCUCCCUGGACGUGCACCCCUACAUCCUGGGCGCCAAGAAGGCCAAGCCCGAGCCGGUGCCCGCCGCCCUGCCCGCCUCCCGCAGCCAGGAAGGGGGCUUCCUGUCGCAGGCAGAAGAGUGCGGGCUAGGCCUGGCCACAGCACCCACCAAAGACGCCUCGCUCCCGGCGGAGGACAUCCUGUUCCCAGCAGAGCCCCCCCGGGCCGCGCUUCCCUCCGGGGUUUUUUUUGCGCUCCCCUCCGGGGUCCCGUUCCACAUCUGCUCGCCCCCGGCGGCCCCCGCCACAGCCCCCCUGUCCCCGGCCGGCCUGGGCAAGGCUGACGCCCUCACCAUCCUGAGCCGCAAUGCCACCCACCCGCUGCUGCAUAUCGGCACGCUGUACGAGGCCCGGGAGGAGGAGGACGGGGGCCCCCGAGCGCCCCCGGACGUGGGCGGCCUCAUUGCCCUCCCCCCACCGCAGCAGAUCCUCAUCGCCACCUUUGACGAGCCGAGGACGGUAGUGAGUACCGUGGAGUUCUGA